ACCUUGCCUACCAUCCUUUUGGUCUCACUCCUCCUUUUCACCCAUUCCCUUCAGCCAGGGUCCUCCUCGACCCCCCACGUAUACUGGCCCUGCAGGUCGGGGCAAGUGGCGCCCAACGUGGGGCUCGAGGUUCGGACUUCUGCCAGGCGGACCAGCAUUGAGAAACGAUUCGUCGCGACCCCCUCCUUCUCAUCGCUCAUGAAGAGCCCCUGCGUUUUGAAAAUGACGAUCCUCGUAAUUUUCCUCCUGUUCCGUGGGAGCCACGGUGGUUUUCAAUCUCCUGACCCAGUAGCGCUCAGCCGUGCCCUCUUUGGAAGCCCUUGUGACUGCGGCGGGGGCACGUUCACUGUCCGUCCCGCCACCUACACGCAAGAAGUGGACUGCGGGGAAAAGACAGCCUACCUCGCCUACCGUCAUUCUAUCACGGGCGUCUCCAAACCCAAGUGGGAAUGCGUAAGGAAGCCCCGAGUUAUCCCUCCGAAUGGUGGCCAGCCCGGGCCUUGCCCCAGUGAUUGCAACUACCUUGAGGCCUUGCACUCCACAUGCUAUAGUUCUACCCAGCAGUGCAGUGGCAGCUCAGGAACAGUCUAUCUUACUACAAUACAGGAAAGAGAAUAUGGUGGCUCCACAGGAGGGGACUGGGCGCAUAUAACUAGCCAAGGCCUACGUGGAAGUACCAAUAAGUAUGCUCAGGCUUCCUGUCGUAAAGAAAAUAUUGGAAAAAAUGUCUGUUGGCCCCUUCAUGCACCUGUCCAUAUCUCUGAUGGGGGUGGCCCUACAGACCAAAUUAGGGAACAUGAGGUUAGGGAACGAAUAAAUGAAAUAAUUAAGAGUAUGUAUCCCCCCAUCCAUUACCAUCCACUUGCACUGCCCAAACCCCGGGGAACGGACCUAGAUGUCCAAACUUCAGAAAUCCUUGAAGCAACACUUAAGGCCCUUAAUUACUCUAACCCUGAUUUGGCUGCCGAUUGCUGGCUGUGUAUGGCCCUUGGCACACCUAUGCCCAUAGCUUUGAUGUCCAAAUGGCUCCACAUCCACAAAUUGCACACUUAGUCCACCUUUUAAGGUACAACCUGUUGGUCUCCGCCCCUCUCCUUGUAUCCAAGCCCCAUUUCAGAAUUCCACUGCUGAUAUUGAUGUUGGUUUUGCUACCUUUGCUAAUUGCUCUGAAGUCAAAAACUAUACCUCACAGGAACCUCUCUGUCCCCUGCCGGGACAACUUUUCGCCUGUGGGGGAAAUAUGGCCUACUCUGCUCUCCCCAGAAUUGGACAGGACUCUGCACA